AUGAUGUCGCUUUCGUUGCCACUGCUUCUGACGGCUGCCGUCGUCGGCUGCCUGGCUGAUGGCAAAGGUUUUUGGCUUUUUGGAUUUAACACACUUUCUACGUGAUUUUCGAAAUGUGUCAAAAUCAGUGAUCACAUAAAAUUUUUUUCGUGAUUUUUAUUGAUAAAAUUUGAUUUUUUUUUUCAUCAUUUGUUUUUACCAGCUUGCUGAGGUCUUCAAAGAAGGGUUUGGUUCAAGGUUAAUAAUCAUCUCGUGCCGAUUUUUACUUUUUAAGCUAAUCACUGAUGAAUUUUGUACUUUUGAAGCCGUUUUAAACGAAAUCGUACCGUAACUUGGUCAUUAAAAGUGUUUAAAGGAGCAUAUGUUUCAAAAUUAAUAAUCCUCUUGAUUUUAAUUUUUAGGUUAAUCACUGAUGGAUUAUGAACUUUUGACGCUUAAAAAUAAACAAAUUCCUACCGCAACUUGGUCAUUGAAACUUUUUUUGUUAAUGUUUAAUGGAGCAUGUUUGUUCAAUUGAUAAUUCUAUCGUCUAAGGCAAUCAGUAAUGAAUCCUGUACUUUUGAAGCUGUUUUGAACGUUUUACUACUGAUAACUUGGUCAUUAAAAGUUAUUAGAGACCCAAUUCUCUUUAACGAGUUCAGCUGAAAUUUUUGUUGAUUUUUUUCUUUCAACAGUCUUGGAUUUGUACGAAAAAAGCUCCAGUUAAAGAUUAAAUUUAAAAAAUCCCUUGAGAGGUCUCGAAUAAGAGGUCGAAUGCUUGUGAAGAUUGGAAAACAGACUUGAAUCUUUUUUUUGCAAAGCUUUUGUUAAUUUUGAAUUUUUUUUUUCCAUUUCUACAUGAUACUACAUAGGCAAAGUCAGAAAGAGUGGAAAAAUGCUCCAAAAAAUGUACCUUUAGGUGAGAAAGGCUCCUUUUUUGCUGCCUUUUUGCGCCAUUUCAUCGGCUCUUAUGCACUUUUUUGUUGCCUCUCCCUUUUUCCACCCAUUCUUGAGCCUUUGAAAUCCUAGAAAAAAUGAAAGGCUCGGUAAAGGGACCUUUUUUCUUCCUUUCUGCGGCCAUUUUUGAGCCUCUCCCUUUCAGCGGCCAUGAUCCAUCGAUCCGACUUUGCCCGAGUAUGCAAUAAACAUUGAAAAAAAAGGCUGCUCCGAGUCAUUGAAUUAAAUAAUGAUUUUUUUUUUCUAGUAAGUUGGUCUUUUUUAAUUUCCCUUCAAAAUUUUUUGCAUCGAUUCGUUUCAGUUCUCCGGCCAUGCUUCGAACGGUAUCCAAACCAUCGGCUGGUCAACGUCCAGCCUUACCACAGCGAGUGGAGAAUGAAAACCGAGGAUUCUUGCCUUCUUUUCUGCGCUCAGUCAUCGGUAGGCAUUUUUUAACUUAUUCCGAGUAAUUAGUUUUAGUUUUGAUAACCUUAUUAAUUAAUUGAUUUUUUUUUUUUUUUCAUAUUCCCCAUGAACAGCUUUCUCUUGUAAAGUUCUUGUCUUCCAUUAUUUUUUUUAUUCAAAUGGGUCAUGUUUUGAAUCUUUUUCUUAUUGCUUCAACAAAGCUUUUGCUCAAAAAAAAAUGUACUGAUCAGAAAAAGAAAGAUUAUAAUAAAUUAUAGUCUGAUUAAAAAGUGUUUCAAAAGAAAUUUCAGGAGCUAAAAUAUCCUUGGUAAUUUUUUUUCGCCUCGAGACCUUUUCAUGGUCCUUUAAACAUCAGGGAUAUUAACUUUCACUAAAUGUAAAAAUAAUUAUCUGCGAAAUUUUCAUGGAUUGUAUCAUUAUCUCAACAGAAUGAUACUUUUUUUCAUUCGUUUAAAAAAAUUCAGUCUUUUUUUCAAGUUUUUCAAAAAAAUCCAAUUUUUGUAAGCUCAAUACUUGCCUCCUUUCUCAAAAAAAUAUCAAAAAAAUAUAAAAAAACUUUUUUUGCAAACAAUGUUCAUCAAAUCAAUCCGAAUAGCUGACUACCAUUUUUUUCCGCUCUUUUUUUGUCAAUUUUUUUAAGAAAAAAAUCCCUUUUUGUUCAUCAAGCAUGAGCGAACAGAGAAAGCACCACAGAAAGGGGAUAAUAAGUAACAGAAAAAAAUUUUUUUCUCGAUGGUUCUAUAGAACAAUUAUUGGUUUCCUUCAAACAGAGGCUUCCAGACUCGCUGCCGCUCGAUCGUCUUCGAUUCCGUGCAGCACAUCUGCCACUACUUCCUGGACGAAGGCGUCGACCAGGCGGUGAUCGCCGCGAAGAUGGUCUACCUGCGCGUCGCCGGCAAGGAAUGCCUCGGUUCGACCUUUUGCUGCUGUUCUCAAACUAGCUGUAAUUAGGUUGACCCGUGUGUUUGGACUUUUUACGCGCCGGAUCUCCGAGUGAUUGACGACGCCGGGCGGAAAUGAAUUCACGGUUGAUUUGCAGACGAGAAAGUGGAUCUGGCGGCGUCGGCCGUCGAGAUCCCGCCGGCUGCACCGCCGACGCUCCUCCUGCCUCAGAUUCUGGAGACCAACCAGCUCGAGCCGACGACCGAGGAGCCCGAGUUUGAAGUGCCGCUGGCUGAGGAGCCGACCACUGAGGCGACGGUCGUUGACGUGGCUCCGGUGACGGAGAUCCAGGAGCCUAGCUCCGCUCCAGAAGCUCCAAAACCAGUGGUGGAAGAGCCGGAGCCUGUGGCUCCAGCUCCAGCUCCAGCUCCAACUUCAGCUCCAGCUCUUCCAGAAGACGGCAUCAGCGAUGCUGAGCUGGACAAGCAACUGGGUCAGGUCAUGCAGCCAACGCAGUUUGCUGGUUAGUAAUGGUUCCAUUGCCUCGUUCAAGCAGAAACUUAAGUAAAAGCAGCUGAUUAGAUUGGAGAGUCCACUUAAGAAUAGUUGGCAACCCUAGAGGAAACCCUUGGAAUUAUUUAGCUUCUUGUAAUAAACUCUAGUGGCCACUUCAAAAGCUUUCUCGAGGACUUCUCGGAGAGGACACUUAAGUGGCCACUGAAACCGUUUCUAUAGAAGACAAUAUUUUACGUCUUAGUGGCCACUAUAGUAGUUUUUAGUGGUUUAGUAGCACCUUUCAGAUUCCUAAAGAGGCCAAUAAAUCUUAUUCUCUGUGGCCACUGAUUCGACUACUAUAGUGGCCACUUAGACGUCAACGCCCUAAAGUAACCCCUCAACGUUUUCCCAGUAUAAAAACGAGAGUUUUUUUCAGACUACUUAAGGGACCACUUAGUGCGUUAAGAAUUAGCGAAACUUGUAUUUCCGGUAACCUGAAAGCUUCAAGUUUACUAAUAGGUACCUUUUUGUUCAAUAGGUCAGAAAAUAUAGGCCAUUAAAAGCUCCAGAAGCGAAGAACUUCAAUUUUUAUAUUUAGAGGAGUCACUAUUCGUUUUAGGAUUCUACAAUUUGCAACUUUACUUUGAAAAAAAAACCACGAACUUCAAGAGUUUAAAACUCCCUGAAGGGAUCACUAACUAUACCAGCAGCCUAAAAGCUUUUUCUCCUUUUCACUGAGAGAUUUCAGCUGUCAGAAAAUCGAACUAUUCAGGAUCUUUCGGCGAGGAAGAAAAAAUCGCCAACAAUGGCGUUUAUCGGGACAUCAAGGGGCCAAACGAAAACCGGUGGCAAUCAUCCGUCGAGAAAGUUGAUGAAACUGUGAAUAUUAUCAGUUUUCAAACUGGAAAAAGAAAUUAACUCUACAGAAAAAAGUGACGAUGCUGUCCAAUGAAGAAAUCAACGAGAAAAUGACGAGAAAACUCGAGAAACUGAAAAUCAACGACCCGGAACGAUAUGCAAAGCUCAUGGGCGAUGAUGAGGAUGUAGGCUUCAUUCUUGGAUUGAUGAUAGAAAAAAUGAUAAUUCAGUUGAUCCCGGCAGAAGCUAUGAAGAAUCAAAAAGAAGAGGAGGUGGAGCCGAUUUCGAAGCGGAGAAUGAUGGUGGGAGUUAUUUUUGAAUUAUUGAAUUAUUUUUUUUUUGAGUUUCAAAUGAAUUUUAAAAAAUUCGAUUUUUUUGAGCUCGAAACGGUUCUGACUUUUUUUGUGCUUCAUAACUUUUUCAUUUUCCACAUAAAGCGCGGUACCAAAAAAACGAAUUCUGUUUUCCACAGUUUUUCUGUUUUUUUUUUCGUUCUCCGCGGAAAAUGAAACUUUUGCGGAACGGAAAAGUGAAAAAAGAAGUUGCUUCGAAAUAGCGAAAAAAAAGCGAUUUGUGAAACAACAACAAGAGCGCUCUAAUGCUAAGAGAGCAUAAAGUCGAAAUUUGAUGAAUUUUUUUUUUGUUUUUCUGCGUUCUGUCCUCCGCGAAAAAUAUUUUCAUUUCCGCCCAUACCUAGAAAGUUUAUUUAUCCGGAAUUUUCAAGAAAUUUAUCUAUUUUUUAAUCAUAUAUUUUUUUGAAGAACGCCGGUGCCAAGGUGAUCCAGUUCAAUGAGAAUCAAAUGGACAUUCGCAGGAAGCCGGCAAGUGCCAGGCCUCAAUUGAAGGUAUAUUUGAAGCGUCAGUUUCGACUUGAAUGAUUGAUCAUCUUCAGAUGGUCACCAUUUCAUCGACUUCUUAUAUCCAGAAAGCCAAAUCCUUUGCGGACAGUUUGAAAGAAAAUGAAGAUAUAGAGGAAAGCAGUCUGCAGGCGCCACGGCAACAAGUGACUACAGGUAAUUUUAAAAAAACUAGUAAAAAUUUUUUUAAUUCUGAGGUUUAAUUUUAUCUGUUAAAAUUUCCUUUUCAAAUUCAAUGUUCCUAAAGCUCACUAGAAAAUCAUUUUUUUCACCUAACUUCAAGAUUUUUUUGCUACUGGUUACUGUAAAAUCUUCAUUUUUUUAGUUUUAAUAUUUUUUUCUCUGAUCGUUUCAAGACUCUUGCUAUGCCUUUAUGACCAGGUCUCUCUUGAAUUAAUAUUUUUAAAAGGCUCUUUUUCCAUAGUUUGUUAUCAAAUUUGUAAUAAUUACUCACUAGGUAAUUUUUAAAAAUAUUUUCUCAACCUAUGGUUCAAUAUUUUUAUUUGUUGAAGUCUAUUCCGCGCCAGCUUGUCAUUUUUUUCAUUUUCCUCUGAACUACAGAAUCCUUCCCUCUGAUACGCGCGCCCUGUCUCUGUUAAUGCGCCUUUAAAAUAACUAAAAUUUUAGUCUCUAUCAAAAGCGCAUACACAGGGCCGCGUGCAUAGAGUAGAAGGGUUUGGUGAAUGAAAUUUGGAAAAAAAAAAUUGUGAACUUCUCUCAAAAUCAAAAUUGAUUCCUAAAUAGCCUAAAAUAUUUUGAAAGGUCUUUUAUUCAACUUAUUCGCUCGACCAAUAACGUUUUUAAAGUAAUUACCAUUCAAAUUUGUCUCCGUCUCUUCAAAAUAUGGCUUUCUUUCAAAUCUCUGACGAUUUUUUCUGUGAAUUUAUGUAUGUGUGUGAAUGUGUGUAUAUAUUGUGAAUUUUUAUGGUGAGUCGAAAAUUGCAGAAUGCCGACGAGACGACGUUCCAGUUUACGUCAGCUUCGAGAACAGCGAAAGUGCGCAGGAAGAAGCCGUGGACAGCUCCCAGGCCAAGUCAAAGAACCAAUGUCAGAGAAUGUGCGAGCAAACGGUUUCUCUUGUAGUUUUAUCGUGGUUGAUAAGUUUUCCUAGAACUGUCGAUCGUUCACGUUCUUCGAGAAGCACUCCCAAUGCAUGCUCAACAUGCAAAGCGACGGCGUCACCCUGAGAACGUCGUCGGCCGGAGAUUUCUCCGCCAGCGUCACGACCAAGUUCUGCUAUCCUAGUGGGUUUCAGAACUAUUCGAACGUCGUUUGAAACUGUUAUUCCGCGAAAUUCGAAGUUAUCUUCGACUCUCCGAAAUUUAGUUAUCUUUCUCGCUAUGUCCAGGUUGAAUGUCUAUGACGUCAUUGAACGCUCUUUGAUUGAUUUAUUGCACCAUUAGGGGCGGAGCUUGAGCGAAUACUUAUAAUAAUAUUUCUUUCAUUCAUAACGGGAAAUAGUGACUUGCAAAUUAAAAAUCGGAACAUAUUAUAACCAUUAUUUUGAUAUUUUUGAGACCAGAAAAAAGGAAAACCGCACGAAUUUCAGUUAGAAAAUGCCCGAAAAUUCCAAAAUUUUGAUUUCUCGCGUAAAGUCGCCAUAUCGCUGUAGGACCCAAUUUUUUUCCAACGGCUCCCGGAAUUUUUAUUUCGCGAAUUUUUGAAAUCAUUUUAAACGAAUAACAAUUUUGAUAUUUUCAGAGUUACUUUCGAGCACAUUUUUAUUCAAUCUCAUAUGAAUCGCUUCAAAAUGCGUCUAGCGUAUUUCACUCUUGCGGAAAACGUUUUUUUCGCUUUUGAAAAAUAUAUUUACGCUUAUUCCGUUGCGUUAACCAUUUUAUUUUGCAUCUCAUGAAAGUAAUUCGUUUUUGGACUUGAAUCUUAACUCCUCAACCAGUACUAAAUUUUUAAGCUUAUAAGGUUAAGAAUAUCGAAAAAUCUAACUUUCACUUAUUUAAUACAGUUAGAAACGAGGUCAGAUAAAGUAAGUGUAAGGAUAGAAAUUAGUGAUAUUGAAAAAACCUUAGGAGCUUCAGAGUGGUCCCUAUAGGGGCGACCUUAAGGAUCCUUGGAGGGCCCUCUAGGGACCAUUUCACCAACCCCUAUAAGGGCCACUAAAGCUUGCAAAAAUGGUCCCUUUAGGGGUUUUAGUUGGGGAUUGAGCGUUUUUUGAAUGAAGUUGAAAGACCUCUAUAGGGUCCACUUGAGCUUGAGGGGCUGAGGGGUUAGACCCUACACCCCUAUAGGGACCACUUUUUUGGCCCAUAUAGGUGUUGUUCUCCCCCCUAACCCCUUUAGGGACAGCUUUGAAAUCCCUAAAAAAAAAUCGAUAACUUAAAAAAAGUUUAGAUAAUCUGGUUGAAUUUUAAAAAAAGCUGAGUUUUGGUCUUUUAACUCAUGAAAAUCUGGGAUUGCAAGUACACGCGUUGUCGAAUUUUUGACAUUUUUUCUUCUAUCUCAGCAAUUGUUUAAAAAUAAUUUAUGCAAGUAAUCUUCAGGAUCGUUCUCAAUGUUCAACGGAUGUUCCAACUUUGUCGCCUUCCGCGAUUAUUCUCUAGAGGUACUCAGAAGCCCUGAAAUUCAAAAAUGAGCUUUAUCGUUGAAGGUAUCGGCUCGGGAAGAGUUUGAAGACCUUCCCCAUGGCGACGACGCCUACAAAGGAAUGCAACUUUGCAUCGAACUUUGUGUUCUGAGCGACAAGUACUCUUGCAAGGUUUAUUCGAAGAAACAUGACGAGUAAAACGUAAUUUUCAAGAUAUUGCUAAUGUAUAGCUUCUUUAUUAGCGAUUUCAAUUCUGAUUUGCGCAAAACUUGGUCUUUUUUUUUCAAAUUGGAAUUUCCAAUUCGCACCAAGGAAGAAGAGAGUCGGUGUACCCGCUGUCCGAUUUUUUUUUCCUGCAAAACUGACCCUAUACUAAUUGAACCAGAUUUCGCUUCAAGACCUUUGCUCGGAUAUUUGUAACGCGAAUCGGAACUGUCGGGGCAUUUCAAGUGACCACUUUAGUAGCGUUAGCAUUCUUAAGUGACCCCUAGAAUCGCCCAGAAACGUCCGGAGCACGUCCGUUUCGCGUUACCAAUGUCCAAAAUGUUUUUUUUUGCAGUUUUAUAGAGCGAAAAAAGUUGGUUUUACGUUACCUUUUUUCUUUCUGAAGUGCUUUUCUUUGUCUUUUAAUACCUUUUGAAAGGUGACAGUUUUGAUUUCUCAUGAGAAAUUUCAAAAAGAAAAUGAAGAAUUAAACGAAAAAUGAUGAUAUUUUUUUCUUCUCGUCUUCACUUCGAAUCCGUUGACUUUCUUCAAAAAUAAGGAAACUUGGUACAAUUCCAAGUAGACGGUUUGACAGGACAUGGAAAGCUCUACAAGACGACAUUGAUAUCUUAAACCUUAUUUUUAUACUGGCUUUUAAAAAAAUGUAACUUUUUUGAAAACAUCAGUUUUCAGUCAGCCACCUUCAACCCAACAAAUGGUGUCUGCCGACUGCUGGCCGAUGACUCGAUGUCGAUGCCGGACAAUUUCAAAUUCUUCGAGAACCAGGACGUUCUCUACUUUGAGAACGGCUGUAAUUCUGGAGAAGCGAUAGGUUGGUUCAAGAAUGAUUUGAAUCAAAGGUGGUGUCUUUGUAAAACGCCGUAAAUAUUUUAUAAAUACGCCUAAUAAGGUUCUAAAAAUUAAAAAAAGGAUUAAAAAAAUCGAAAAAUAAUUUUUUUCAUAUAGAGUCGUUUCACGGCUAGCUUGAGACUCGAAGGGGCGUGCCUAACCAGACAAUGUCUUUUGUUUUAAUCGUGUCAGGACCUUUUUUCGAUGGCUCAAGCCAGCCGUGAAUCAGUUAUACUUAUGAUUUGAUAUUGUCCAUUCCGCGGUAGCUUCUCCCGUUUUUUUUCUCAAGCGAAAAAGAUCGUAUAUCAGACUUGACCAAUUUUCGCUUCAAGACCUUUUUUGCAGUUUUUCAGAGCAGAAUUGCAAAAAAAAGCUGCGUUUACGGUAUAUUUUUUUGCUGUGAUUUUCAAAUGCCGCGGUCUCGCACACUACAACCAAUUUCUUUGAAAUGGACUUAUCAGAAUAAAUUCUGAGACUAUCCCAAUUUACAGGGCGAAAUUCAGAGAAGUUUGGAUUUUUUACGCGCUCUAAGAAUGUUUUUGCGCUUUGGAAACAGUAGGAAAAUCUUCAAAAGAUACCUAUUCUGUUAUUUUUCUGACUUCAAUUUCUUUUUUUUUAGAUCUAAAUGACCGAAGUAUAGAGCGAGUUGAGCGGAAGGAGAAACGGGAGAAGAAGCUCAAACCAGCCAAAGAGCGACCGCUCAGGUAAUUCAUUACCUAUUUUGUUGAUCAAUAAAUAAAUAAUUCCAGAAGGCUGAUCGUCCAGAAGAUUCGAUAG